AUGGACCUGUCCCCGAACCCCGAGAGCCCGGGAGGCGGUGGUGAUGGCGGCGGAGGCGGAGGCGGAGGCGGAGCCGGUGGAUCGAGCAGCGGGGCGUCUUCGUCGGCGCCGGGCGGCGGCGGCGGCACGCCGCAGACGCCGAGCCGGUACGAGGCGCAGAAGCGGCGGGACUGGAACACGUUCGGGCAGUACCUGCGGAACCACCGGCCGCCGCUGAGCCUGGCGCAGUGCAGCGGCGCGCACGUGCUGGAGUUCCUGCGGUACCUGGACCAGUUCGGCAAGACCAAGGUCCACACGGCGCCGUGCCCCUUCUUCGGCCACCCGAACCCGCCGGCGCCGUGCCCCUGCCCGCUGCGCCAGGCGUGGGGCAGCCUCGACGCGCUGGUGGGCCGCCUCCGCGCCGCCUUCGAGGAGAACGGUGGCCGCCCGGAGUCCAACCCCUUCGCGGCGCGCGCCGUCCGCCUCUACCUCCGCGAGGUCCGCGAGCACCAGGCCCGCGCGCGCGGCGUCAGCUACGAGAAGAAGAAGCGCAAGAAGCCGCAGACGCCUGAUCACGCCCGCGGCAGCGGCAGCGGAGGCCAAGGCCCUCACCACCCGCCGCCUCCGGCCCCGCCGUCCGCCGGCGCGGCGUGCUGA